CUGCUGCGCGGGGGCGCAGGAGGCGCUGUUUCGCUUCCCCGGCCCCUUCCCAGCCGGUGCAACCCCUCCGCCGGCAGGAGGGGGCGCCGGCGAGACGGCUCGGGCCGGCUCGGCUUCGUUUGGCAAAGCCCGGGAGACGAAGCUGCGGAACCGGCGCGAUCCUCUUACUCCUCCCUCAUCUCCGCACAUCUCUUUCCUUUCUGUCCCCGGUUUUUCUCGCCCUUUAGGCUUCGGGGAGGGGGGUCAGCCUGGGAAAAGGGGCGACGCCGGGCCGCGCCGGACAUCGCCGGGGGCCGGAGACCUCUUGCUUCGGAUGCCGAGCCCGGCCAUCUGGGCAGAGCCGCGAGCGAGGCCGAGAAGCCCCCGCCCCCGGGCCGCCUGCAAUGAAGGGACAAACCACCGAUGAGUCGUCCUGGGCAGGCCCACACGGAGCUUGGGUUGCCCGGCCUCUAUCACUUUAAGGACACGGGCACGUGCACUGUUGUUGCUGCUGCUGUUGCCUUCCCUGGUGACGUGGAAGGAGGAGCCUCUCGCCGGCUGCUGUGCCAUCAAACUUUCCGCCGGCUUCUCUCUCUCUCUCUCUCUCUGCCCAAGGCGAGCUGGCAGCAGACAGCGCCAAGCCUAUCCCCGAGCCGGUCAGCAUCUCAGUCAGGAGGGCAAAAAGCAGAAAGACCUCCGCAGCCUGUUAAGUGAGGCUUCAGGCAUCUGAUCUGUUUGAUGGGGCAUGAUGGGGCUUGCUGCGUCCCGAGAGAUUGCUGGAUCUGCGUCCCACCAGAGCUAACAGGCGCAUCUCAGGCACUUUCGAUUGCAGCUGCCCUUCCAACCCAUUGAAAGAGGUUUUCUGACUUGAAGACACACCCAGGGGAUUUCUCCUGUGUUCCUCGGAGAAAGCAAGCCGUGGGAUUCUUGCUCAUUCAGGCCGGGCCUGGAAAUCGGAUCCUGGUGAGUCACUGGGAGUGACUUUUGGAGAGGAGACAGGAGGGGAAAUUGCUCAGAGGGCUGAGGCGAACUUUCUGUGGGCACCGAGGCCGGCCAGGAGAGAAUGAGCUGUGACAGCCAGAUCGGAUUCAUGGUGGCUUAAAGAUCCUUUUUUGGGCUACUCUUUGGGGUCUCCAACUCCAGAGCUGUUUGCAAAGGGACCCUGUCCCUCCCUGCCUCUGCCAGGCUGCCGCCCCCAAUGUGCCUGCCCUCUCAGAGGAGAAAUGAAGCCGGGAUGAACUCUGCCGAUGGAGCGUGGCCGCUUUCUCCUGGGAAGCUGGAUCUGGGGCGGCAUGGGGGGCUGAGGCCAUCCGCCCAGCCCUGGCACGCUCUGCCCCUUGUGUUCACCAUCUUGGUCUGGCUGGCCACCGGGACCACCAUGUCCAGCCUGAACAAGUGGAUCUUUGCCAUCCACAAUUUCCGGUACCCGGUUCUGCUCUCCUCCCUGCACAUGCUGACGGCCGUGGUGGUGGGCAACCCCUUGGCCCGGCUCCGGGCCGGCGGGGCAGGGAGCCCCACCCUCAGCCCUGAAGCCAAGGCCAGGAUUUUCUUGCUGAGCAUGACUUUCUGCGCCAGCGUGGCUUUCGGGAACUUGGGCCUCAACUACGUCCAGCUGGACUUUGCCCAGAUGGUCUACACCACCACGCCGCUCUUCACCCUGGCCCUCUCCAAGGUGCUGUUGGGGAAGUGCCACCACCCCCUGCAGUACGCUGCGAUGGUGCCCAUAUGCUUGGGGGCGUCCCUGAGCAUCGUGGGAGAGGUACAUUUCGAUCAGGCUGGCUGCUGCUUCCUCUUUGCCGCCACUUUCCUCCGCGGGCUCAAGUCCAUACAGCAGAGCACCCUCCUGCAGGAAGAGCGCCUGGACUCGCUGACGCUGCUGUGUCUGACCUCCUUGCCAAGCUUCUGCAUCCUCUUCCUGGCAGCCCUGGCUCUGGAGGUCGGCCCCGCCUGGGACGGCACCUUGGCCUACGGCGGUGGCCUUUGGGCCUGCGUCCUGCUGAGUUGCCUGGGCUCGGUCCUGUACAACCUGGCCAGCUUCUGCGUCAUCUCGCUGACCUCCGCCCUGACCAUCCACGUCCUCGGGAACUUCAACGUCGUUGGGAACCUGCUGCUCUCGCACCUGCUUUUCGGGAGCUGCCUGAGUCUGCUUGGCUAUGCCGGCGUUGCGCUCACCCUGUCGGGGGUCUUCAUGUACCACCACUGUGACUGCAUCGCGGCCUACUGGCGCAGGCGGGCUGGGCGGGCAAAGGAAGAGUAAGCGGGGAGGGCUUGAUCGCCCCUGAGAGAGGAGGCUGGCGCUCUUGCCUCCGUUGGGCCUCUUGGCACAGGGGGCACUGGCGGUCAUGAUUAGCAGGGGGAAGAAACUUAGGAAGGCUCAUCUUCCCUCAAAUAGUUUGCUGCCACCUGACCCCGGGGCAUUCUGUACGCUGGGCAAGAGCUACAGCAGAUGUUUUUUAUAGGGACACAGGAGGUACCUCCUGUGUCCACUGAAGGGGCGGAGACUGCAUCUUUGAAUUCUCGCCAGCAUGAAAUGAAAUUCCCGCCCACAGAAAGCUAGCAUGUCAGAAAGAGGGUUCUAGGCUCAUUUUUGCCCUGAAGUGCUAGUUUUCUACAUGCGGGGAGGUUCCCAGCUCCUUCCAGGUGGAGAAUUCAAACGUGCACCCUCUGGGCAGAGGAUGGCGGAGAUGCCCCACAGCAGUGCUCUCCCCUGAUCAGAGGGCCACCUAAGGGCUAAAAGUUUGGAAAAGAAGUUGGGAUGAUUGAAAAGUAAUCCAUUUUUUUAAGGCAUGCUAGAUGUCUUGGCCAAAUGCUCUCCCAGGGAGAGGCAGCAGCUAAAUCUUAGCUGACCGAUGGAUGCAGGUUUAACCUCGCCUGCUGCUCAUUAAUAGGUGGCCCCUUGCACUAAGGUUGCCCCUGUGGCCACAGGGAUGUAUCCAGAUCAGAGCAGACUAAUGGAAAUCAGUUGGCCUAAGCUGGUCAUGUCUGUUAUUUUCAACAAGUCUUCUCUGCACAGGACUAACAUUGGAAAGAGGCCACAGGUGUGGUUUGUGUUUUUUUCUUAACGAGAAAUGUUGGGAAUUGAAUGUGCUGAACCGUUACCUCUCAUCUGUGCAAGCCACCUGCACCUUUGCCAAUUUUUGCACUGGUUCCCUUUAGGCCAGAGGGCGCAGUGGGGUUGGUGUGCCCACAGAGGGAGGUAGCACAGGGUCUCUCUUUUCCUUGAGGAGGGCUCCCUGCACAUCCCAUUCAGUACCAAAGUACUGAACAAUCUGUGGGGAGCAGUUCCCCUAUAGGAAAAUGCCCAGGGAGAUGAAGUGUUGCACAUUCAGAAGGGUGUGUGUGUGGGUCUGUUUCUAUGUCUGUUUCAGUUCACUACUGCCCUCUGGUGGGGUGGAGUGCAAUUAUAUGUAUGUAUGUUUUCUUUUACUACUGCCCUCUAGUGGAUGGAUUAAGUGUGUGUAUGUGUGGUGUGGGUAGUGUGCACGUCUGCACACAAUCGUUGCCAUCUUUUGAAGAAUGGGUGGGCUUUGCUUGACUCUGCUGGACAGAGGUGUGUGUGUGAGAGAGAAUGCGUUCACAUUUGCUUGUGAGUACACAUGCACUAUUAUUUUCCAAUCCUGAAGGGGCUGCAUCAGGAUGGGGAAGCUGUGGCCCUCUGGGUGUUGCUAGACCAUAGCUCCGGUCAGCCCCAGCCAGCUGAGUAAGUAAGUUGUAGCCCUGACAAAAUGUGUAGGACUAUACACGUUCCCUAUCCUUGGACUGCAUAAAGCCUGGGUGCUCAUUUGCUCCUUGCUCUUGUUAGACGUAGAAAAUCGUACUGUUUGGCUUGUGUGCGUCUAUUAGAAGGGCAUUUUCUCCCCCCACUGAUGUGUUUGCUGCCAUCCUCUGGUGAAUGGGCAUCCAUGAAGCCCACUGCAGUGGGUAAAUGUAGCCAGUAUUAUCACCCACAGGGUAAAACACUCUUGGACACGUUUCUGAAGGAGUAUCGGCCAAUCUGCACACACAGUAAAAUCGCAUGGCACAGAAUUUCCAUUUCAGACCGAUUUCUCCUUGCCCGCAGAAAGCUAGCAUGUGAGGGAGAGGGUUCUAGCCCAACCUAACUCCCUCAGAUGCUGCUUUUCUGUGUGCAGGGAGGUGUUCACUGUUUCAUUCCUGCAGUUUGACGUGGAACUCUUGUGCUGUGCCGUUCAUCUGCAGGUGUAGGUUGGCUUUCCGCUACUCCUGCAGAAGGGCAUUCUCAUGUUCCCUCAGGACGCUGGCUGGCCUGUCUUAUACACAACAUUUUUCCCUGAUGAGGUUAAUGAAUGCAUCCAUAGUGUCUGGAAAAUGUACCAGUGUUGGCUCUCUGUUGUCGACAGCAAAGCUCCCUCGACAUUUCGGGUGCAUUGUAUGUCGGCCUUCCCCAACCUGUGACCCUCCAGAGGAGUUGUAGUCCAAAAUAUCUGAAGGGCACCAGCUUAGGGAAGGCUGAUUUAUAUGCAUCACAGGUUGAGGCAACACUCAUGUGGCUGGUGAAAAUGUGGAUACAGGCAUGUCUUACUCACGCGAAAACUGAAGCAUUAUGGCUGACCCCCGUGCAUGCUGCCAGAAUCCAUCCGGUCCAGAAUGAGGACUGUUACUCAAGCCAUUGCUUGGAGGGGAGCAGAUGAAUAAGAUUGCCAAUAUAAGGCCAGCCGCGAGUGUCUAUGCCAGUAUGUAAACCAUCUUUUUUUGCAAUGAUGUGUGUGUAUUGGGGGGGAGGGAGAGAAUUGGGGUCAGUCCUAGCCACGUCCGUGCCUGAGCUGAAAAACACACACCAAGGGACCACUUUGUCAAUUAACUUGAGGCACAAUUGAUACGAACGUUCCUCUGCACAAGACCUCCCCCCCCCAAGAAAAAGUAUUUGCACAUGUGGGAGGUACAGGUCUGCCCUGUCUCUCCUGCUGUCUUAAUGGUACCCAAAAUACGCUGGCUGGGACAGCUACCCUAUCGCUUCUGUUUUCCCUCCACUGUCGGAGACAGUAAGCUGGGGAGCACAAGUUGGGAGAGUUGCUGUUGCGCUUAGGUCCUGCUUGUGGGCUUCCCUUUGGGGCAUCUGGUUGGCCUCUGUGAGAACAGGAUGCUGGACUAGGAUGGGCCCCUUUUGGCCUGAUCCAGCUGAUGGGCUCUUCUGAUUUUCGUCAAGUUGCAACAAUUUGCUAGAAUGUUAACGUUGGCGUAGGGGAAGAUAAGAUCUUCGAUGAGGAAUUCUUGGGUUUCUAUCUCUUCUGAACUCCUGGGGUAUGUUGAGCGCAGGAGUCUCCAUCCUGACAGUCUCCUCUAUCUUAUUAACUCCUCCAUUUGUUUAAUGCACAAGAUAUCUAGAGUGGGAACUUCGCCCUAUCUGCCUGCUACCCUUCACCCGAAUUGUCUAUCAAGUACAAGGUAUUCUGGGACAGCCAGUCUGAUGCAUCAGUUGUCAAGAGUGGGUCAAACCAAGACCAAGGCAGUCUGACGUCUUGCCUUCUUUGGACAUAAUGAUCCUGGCUUCCUGCACCAUGGUUUUCAGAUUCUGGAUAGUAACGUAUAGACGCAGUUUCCUGUUUUGCAUGUAAUGGGAAACCGUGGUUUGGUUUAACAGCAUCAACAUAGGAAGCUGCCGAGUACUGAGUCAGACCGUUGGUCUGUCUGGCUCAGGAUUGCCUUACACAGACUAGCAGGAUCUCUUCAGGGUUUCAGACUGGGGCUAUUCCUACCCAGAGAUGCCAAGGAUUGAACGUGGGCGUUUCUGAAUGCAAGGCAGGUGCUAUACCACUGAGCGACAGCCUUUCCCCAAAGCACUGAAGGUACAAGGAGAGGGGAAGAGCACAAAGGCUAGCUUCAUAAACCAUGGUUUACAAAGCUGGGAUCAUUACAUCCAAACCAGUUGUCUCUGAGCUUAGCCUACCUCACAGAGUUGUUGUGAGGAUAAAGGGGUGGGUGGGGAACCAUGUAUACCAUGCUGUGGUCUUAGGAGGAAGAGUGUAACAAAAUGACUGUGGUAGCAGGGGCGUCGCCAUCCCAAGUUGCGUGUGUGGUUUGGCACAGUUUUUGCACACGCACAUGUGGGCUCUUCCGAGAAUUAUAUCAGUCCAGGUGUCCUAUUCAGCGAUGCCAUCACCACUCCCUCCCCUCCAAAAAAAAUCUUUUUUUCAGCAGUGCACAAUCCUUGCAGUAACCUCGCCUGUGGUCUCAGUCAGCCUGAACUGUCCCAACCAGGAUGCUUGAAGUUCAUCUUUUUGUGAACUGUCUGGGUCACCCCUUUGCUACGAGACGGACAACGGCGGGUGGAGCCCGGUGCUGCCUCUGGCGUCGCAAGAGCACACGAAGGCAUCUCCAGUUGCGGUUGCCUUUUGAAUAAAGCUCUAUUUUUGUCUUA